AGGAAGGCCAGUUUUAUCCAACUAAAGCGAGAGUGAGCGACGUCUACAAACUAGAAUGGCAAAUUUAGCCUUUGAUUCGCCUGUUACUUUAGUUAUAAAGACUCCAAACCAAAAAAUUGACGAUUUAAGAAUUGAUUGUGCCUUGGAAUGGUCAGUGGAACAACUAAAAAAGCAUCUUUCGAGCGUGUAUCCAACCCAACCGGAAAGCCAACAUCAGAGGAUCAUUUAUUCGGGACAGCUACUGAACGAUAAUUUAAUCCUUAAAGAUGUGUUCAGAGAGCAUGUAGAUGGGAAACAACAUACUGUUCAUCUUGUAUGUCCAAUGAAAUCAGAAACACAGUCUACCACUGAUUCUAAGGGAAAGAAUGAACCUAGUGCACCUACAACAAAUGCCAACACCUCUACUGAGAUGCCAUCCACAGCACCAACUACUUCACAGAUAGCCAGUGAUGGACUCAGAUACAGGGGAGCCAAUACACCAACAUAUCCACCAUUUAACAUGUUCCACCAGCAGAUGGCAAAUGCUGCAUACAACCUUCCUGCCCAGGGACUUGGCUAUGCAGUGCCACCUUUUGUUCCACCUCCUUACUGGAUGCAGCAGAUGUUUGCACAGCAGAUGGCUGCUGGAAGGAUACCCCAGCCUAAUAUGUACAUGCCAGCCAAUUAUGGCUAUCCACAAAUGCCCUACCCCUGGUUCCCUCAGGCUGGGAAUGUCCCUGCACCACAAGUACCAUUGGCCAACCCACCAGCCCUUCAUGUACCGCAGACCCCACCACCCCAGCAACCUGCAGCACAACCACAGGCACCCCAACCACAAGGGAAUGAAAAUGCUCAAGGAAAUGCCAAUGCAGGACCUCUAUUCAAUGAUGACGAUGAUGAUGAAGAAAAUCCUAACCGUGAUUGGUUAGAUAAGAUUUACACGUUGUGUCGAGUUGGAAUCCUCCUGAGCAUUUUUUGGUUUUAUUCAUCCACUACUCGUUUUCUGGUGCUGAUAUUGACCUUUGUUCUCAUCUAUCUGUACCAAUCAGGGGUGUUUGCUAUCUUCAGAAGAGGUAACAAUCGCCAAGAAAUUCCCAUGCCAGCUCCUGCACCACCCCCACAGCCAGAGCAACAGGCAGAACAGAGACAGGGUGGAAAUGCCCCAGACAGUCCUCAGGGAGAUGUUACUGAUAAUGCUCCACAAAACGCAGAAGAAAAUGGGCUUGGAAAUGGGGAUGAGACUACUGCUACACCCGCUCUACCUACCCCUCCCCCGGGACCAUCAGCUGCAACUGUUGCCUUCAACUUUGUCACUUCCUUCUUUACAUCACUGUUCCCAAAUACACCUGCUGUGCAAAAUUAAUGUAUUCAAAUCACUGUUAUCGAGAAAGAGUCUGAAUGUCUACUUUUAACCUUGCAAUGGACCAUUGUCAGAGGACUCUUAGUGAGAAAUUUCUGUGAAAGUGAAGAAGAUACUACAAGUAUUUAUGUCACAUCCUGGUGGCCAAGACUAGGUUUAGAUGGCAGGGUAAUGAUUAUAUAAAUGUAAGAUAUAAAAACGCCAAUAAGAGAGGUAAAAAAAUAUUAGAGAUAUUUUUAUACAUGCCAACAUAGGUGACUAUGCCUAAAUAUAUCUGGAUUUAAUUGUCAUUAAAUUGACAAGUUAAUUCUCCUACAUAGCUAUUUAGGCCUUAAUGUACAGUUAAUUAAUCAUAAUCUUUCCAAAAAAUGCUACAUUUUCUCAUGGUGAUGAAUGUUCUUUUGAUAUUGCAACAUGUUAUAGUGAGGGUAUCAGAAGAUAGAGGGAUUUGCAGGGGGGAAACAGAAAAUUUUUCACCAACCCCAAGCUGGUAGAAAUGGAGGAAACCCUUGAAAAUCAGGGGUGCACAUUGUUAAAUUUUUGUUGCACUGUUGCGAUUUCUCAUAAAAUUAUUCUUUGCUUAUUGAUGCAUUUAGCUGGGACAGAUGAAUUGGUCUUAGCCCAGUUCGUUUACAUUUAAUAGCCCAAGAAAGAUAAAGGGAAUGACAAGUUUUAUUUAACUUAAUGCAAGGCUUUCUAGGUAUCUGUUUUGAAAGUUGGCACAAACUGUAAUUAGAGACUUUACGGAUGUGUUUUGCUAGAAUGCCUUUCAUAUUCUUUAAUUUACACUCAGGGAAUUUCGUUUGAAUCUCAAAAUUUGUCAGUAGACGAUACAGGAGAAUAUUUUAUUUAAGAUUCCAAGAGGUACCAUUUCCAGAUUGUGAUGUUUCAGUUAGCUUGCACUCCUGAAUGCAACUUAUUAGUACAUAAAGAGUGUCAAACAAACCCUGAAGAAAUGCAAUAUGCUAAUUACUGUUUGGGAAUAUUUCCGUGCGAUGUUUUAGAAGCAAUUUUGUAGUAUAAGAACUUCUGUACAAAUGAAAAUAGUUGUAAUGAAAAUUAAUUUUCCCUUUGCUAUGAUGGGUGGUUGAGUUGGUUGAAGUGACAGUGGGUUUUUUUAUUGAGGUCCAAUUACCUGCAAUAUAGAAAUAUUUGUGGACAGUGUUGUACAAAAGGGACGGGUAAUGUAAAUAGACAGGGAAUGUUUAACUUAUCUAUGCAAAUUUUAUGUAAACAAGGCAAAAAAGAAUAAAGAUUUUGUCGCCAGCUUCAUCUAA